GCGCCGGCCAGGUGAGUGGGCGGCCUCACCGGGAAUCGCUCGCAGCUUGUGGGUUGCCGCAUCGAAAAAGAAGCUCUUGUAUGGUGCUGGGAAUACCGGUGUCCUGGCUGGGGCUCGGUGCUGACAGGAAAGGGACGGUGCUCUAGGCUAAUUACUUAUGGAAGUCGCCCUUGCGGGUGCGGAGGGGUGUCGACACCGUCACUUUGGUUCUGGGAGCGGCGGGGGCGUGGUGCUGCUAGUUGUCUUUCUCCGCACCGAAUUUAUGAGUGUGCCCCUGGAGCCCCUGUCCGCGGAUAAAAUCGGCACCAUCACUUUGGGAUAGGGAGGCUAGAAAGAGGCGGGUGUUACUAGUAGUGUUCCUCCGCCCUGGACGUGUGCGUGUGCGCUUGUGCGGCCGCGGGGUGGGCUCACCUGCCGCCUGGUAAUGCUCCUAGCCCUUGGCCCCUCCCGUGCCGCAGUACCCCUCGUGUGACACUGACAGCAUUACGCCAGCUGAGAAUCGUGCGGUUACAGCUGCUGCAGUUUCUUUGCAGAGUAAGAGGCUCUUUUUGAAGUUUCCCUGAUGGUAAGGCUUUACCCCUGGAAGUGUCUUAGGAAGAAGACCACUGUUAAAAGAUGUCCCAUUCUAGCUUGAGAACCCUGUGGGGAAGACUAAUCCCUUUCUAGAGGUUGGUGUGAUCCUAAAUUGUUUCGUCUGCUCCGAGAGCUCUGAUGUUCUAUGAUGCUUAUUUCUUUUCUCGGUUCUGCGUUUUCCAAGAGAGGCACCCAGAGGAAAAGAAUAUCGCACUUCUGAAAGUGUUGUGUGAUGUUCCUAUUUUCUUUCUAACCUCAAAUUUCUUCCUUUCCGAAACGUUUUCUACCUCCAGCAACAUCUUCCUAAGGAAGAACCACCCAUGUUAGUGACUGGUCCUUAGGCACCCCAUAAAUGAUGCUGCGGGGAUGGGAUCAUCAGUUUAGCUCUACUCCCCAGCCACACUACACCUCUCCUUUCCACCCAAUGAUACAACAGUCCUUUCUGGUCUAAGGUUUUUUUGUUUGUUUGUUUGUUUUUUGAGACGGAGUCUCGUUGUGUCGCCCUGGCUGGAGUGCAGUGGUGCGGUCUCAGCUCACUGCAAGCUCCGCCUCCCGGGUUCACGCCAUUCUCCUGCCUCAGCCUCCCGAGUAGCUGGGACUACAGGCGCCCGCCACCACGCCCGGCUAAUUGUUUGUGUUUUUAGUAGAGACGAGGUUUCACCGCAUUAGCCAGGAUGGUCUCGAUCUCCUGACCCCGUGAUCCACCCGCCUCCCAAAGUGCUGGGAUUACAGGCGUGAGCCACCGUGCCUGGCCAGGUCUAAGGUUUUGAUGAAAAAUAACUGUACUUUCUGGAGGGAAAUUUGAAGACUUUUAAAAUUUUAACUUUAUUGUGGAUGUUUUCAAGCAGGAUAAAGAAUAAUACGAACCCCAACAUGUUCAACACCUAGCUGUAAUUAAAAACAUUUGUAAAUACCUUUGUAUCAGUCCUUCCCCCUUUUUUCCUAUAGUAUUUCAAAAUUGUAUUUUAUCCUCCUAUACGCAUAUAUUACCAAAAAGGACAUUAUAUUUUAAAAUAACCACGAUGCUGUUAUACCAACAUAAAAAAAAUAAGUUUAAAACAAUAAAUUUGUUUCUUAUAUUGGUGUAACAGUGUAGUGGUUAUUUCAUAAUCUUGUAUAACCCCAUAUUCAAAUUUUCCCAGUUCUUUCAAAGACAUAUUUUUACAAUAGGUGUGUUCACAUCUGGAUCCAGAUAGAGUCCACAAAUUGCAUUUGGUGGCCAGACCUGUUAAACUUACUUAAUACAUGACAGUUUCCCUCCUGCGUUUUGUUUUGGUUUGUUUUAAUUGGUGCUGUUGAUUUGUAGAAAAACUAGAUCGUCUGUCCCGUAGAAUAUUCUGUAUACUGCUUUUAGCUAAUUGCUUCUUUGUACUGUCUUAUAAUUUAUAAUUUGUUUUCCGUUCCUUCAUAUUUCUGUAAACAGGCAGUUAGAUCUAGAGGCUUGAUGGAAUUUGGAUCAGAUUUUCCCUAAAUCACCUUUAGUUCAUAGUUGGUGCUGUGUACUUCCUAUUACAUCACAUCAUGAGCCCCUUACGGUCUGGUGUCCCACUUUCAGUGAUGUCAUAUUGAUGUGUUUAAAUGCUGUCCAUUUAAUCCUUUCCUUUUUUUCACCUAAAGCAUGCAUUCUCAGGGUGGAGGAUAUCACCUUCCAAGUGGGUGAAACUUGGUUUUUGAGAAGGAAGAGGACAAAAACUCAUAGAGAAAUGAGUUGGUGCCCUACAACCUUCUAAGGAGUCCCAAAACACUUGGCUUCUCUGGACUUUGCACACCGCCAGAAGAAGAACCCAGAAAAUUGAUCAGUUCUGACAGUUCUAAAAAACCAUGCCCCAUUUGUUGGUGACUUUCAGGGAUGUGGCCAUCGACUUCACUCAGGAGGAAUGGGAAUGCCUGGACCCUGCUCAGAGGGACUUGUACAGGGAUGUGAUGUUGGAGAACUACAGCAACCUGAUCUCAUUGGACUUGGAAUCCAAUUGUGCAACCAAAAAGUUAUCUCCAGAAAAGGAAAUUUAUGAAAUGGAAUCACUCCAGUGGGAGAAUAUGGGGAACCUUAUUAACCAUCACCUUCAGUAUGGUCUUGGAGACAAUAUGGAGUGCAAAGGCAACUUAGAGGGUCAAGAAGCAAGUCAGGAAGGGCUUUACAUGUGUGUCAAAAUUACCUGUGAAGAAAAGGCCACAGAAAGUCAUUCAACCUCUUCUACUUUUCAUCGGAUAAUUCCUACCAAGGAAAAAUUGUACAAAUGUAAGGAAUGUAGACAAGGUUUCAGCUACCUGUCAUGCCUUAUUCAACAUGAGAAAAAUCAUAAUAUAGAAAAAUGCUCUGAAGUUAAGAAACAUAGGAAUACGUUUAGCAAAAAGCCAAGCUAUAUUCAACAUCAGAGAAUUCAGACUGGUGAGAAACCUUAUGAGUGUAUGGAAUGUGGAAAGGCCUUUGGUCGUAGUUCUGAUCUCAUUCAACAUCAGAAAAUUCAUACUAAUGAAAAACCUUAUCAGUGUAACGCAUGUGGGAAAGCUUUUAUUCGUGGUUCACAGCUCACUGAACAUCAGAGAGUUCAUACAGGAGAGAAACCAUAUGAAUGUAAGAAAUGUGGAAAAGCCUUUAGUUAUUGUUCACAAUAUACUCUUCAUCAGAGAAUUCAUAGUGGUGAAAAACCCUAUGAAUGUAAAGAUUGUGGGAAGGCCUUUAUUCUUGGCUCUCAACUUACUUACCAUCAGAGAAUUCAUAGUGGUGAGAAACCUUAUGAGUGUAAGGAAUGUGGAAAGGCCUUUAUUCUUGGUUCACACCUUACAUACCAUCAGAGAGUUCAUACUGGUGAAAAGCCUUACAUAUGUAAAGAAUGUGGGAAAGCCUUUUUAUGUGCCUCCCAACUGAAUGAACAUCAGAGAAUUCAUACAGGAGAGAAACCCUAUGAAUGUAAAGAAUGCGGGAAGGCCUUUUUUCGUGGCUCACAACUUACUUACCACCUGAGAGUUCAUUCAGGUGAGAGACCCUAUAAAUGCAAAGAAUGUGGGAAAGCCUUUAUUUCUAAUUCUAAUCUUAUUCAACAUCAAAGAAUUCAUACCGGAGAGAAGCCCUACAAAUGUAAGGAAUGUGGAAAGGCCUUUAUUUGUGGCAAACAACUUAGUGAACAUCAGAGAAUUCAUACAGGUGAGAAACCCUUUGAAUGUAAGGAAUGUGGAAAGGCCUUUAUUCGUGUUGCAUAUCUUACUCAACAUGAGAAAAUUCAUGGUGAGAAACAUUAUGAAUGUAAGGAAUGUGGGAAGACCUUUGUACGUGCUACACAACUUACAUAUCAUCAAAGAAUUCAUACAGGUGAAAAGCCCUACAAAUGUAAGGAAUGUGACAAGGCCUUUAUUUAUGGCUCACAACUUAGUGAACAUCAGAGAAUUCACAAAGGUGAAAAACCUUAUGAAUGUAAACAGUGUGGGAAGGCUUUUAUUCGUGGCUCACACCUUACUGAACAUCUGAGAACUCAUACUGGAGAGAAACCCUAUGAAUGUAAGGAAUGUGGGAAGGCCUUUAGUCGUGGCUCAGAACUUACUCUGCAUCAAAGGAUCCAUACUGGUGAGAAACCCUAUACAUGUGUCCAGUGUGGUAAAGACUUUAGACGUCCUUCACAACUUACUCAACAUACAAGGCUUCAUAAUUGAGAAAGCCUUGAAUGUGAUUAAAUUUAAGAAAAUCUUCAUCAUCUAUUUCAUAUCUAUAAUGAAUGUAGAACAUCCUCUUGCUUCUGCUCAGAAUCUGCUCAUUCUUAGAAGGCCUACAUUAACAUGGAUGCAGAAUAAUUUCAGAAACCCCUUAAAUAAUUAACAUCUCUAUAAACCCUAGAAUACAAUGCUGAAUUAUAUCCUUUAUUAAGCAUCAUCUCCAUUUCACCAUAUCCUAACUGAAAUCGUAUAUAUUUCUUGUGUGUUUUUUUCUAUUUGUAAAAUACUGUAAUUGUAUUACAAUGACUAAAUUAUAAUUAAAUACAUAUAAUUCCCUUUGGAUAGUAUCUGAUAUUUGUUGUUAAAAUGAUUGCCAUUAUCAUCAUUACAUACUGUGAGAGAACUCAAAUGGUGGGAAUAUUUUAUGAUUACAGUAAAAAGAUGCAACCAUUCUCUUAUCAUGUAUCCCCUUUAGAACAACAGAUACUUUAUUUUAGAACAAAACCUUUAAAGUAUAGUAAAGGUCUGAAGGACGUCUGAGCAUCAGAUAAUCCAUACCAGGAAGAAACUUUCAAGAAUUGCUUUAGGGCUGUUGUUUUCUGUUGUUUUGUUUUUUAAGAAAGUGAAAGAGAGAUUAUUUUUCUACAACAAAUUCCAAAAGCAAAAGUUUCUGGUCCACAUUUUCUGAUUGUUACUUUAAGGGAAAAAGAAUUUCUUAACAAAAUGAUGGCCAAGGUACUUCCAUAUAUAUAUAUAUAUUCCACAUAUGUAUAUAUGAAAUAUACAUUCCACAUAUGUAUAUAUUCCACAUGUGUAUAUAUUCCAUAUGUAUAUAUUCCACAUGUAUAUAUUCCAUAUGUAUAUAUUCCACAUGUGUAUAUAUUCCAUAUGUAUAUAUUCCAUAUGUGUAUAUUCCACAUAUGUAUAUAUUCCACAUAUAUAUUCCAUAUAUGUAUUCCAUAUAUGUAUAUAUUUCCAUACAUGUAUAUUCCAUAUAUGUAUACAUUCCAUGUAUGUAUUCCAUAUAUGUAUAUAUUCCAUAUGCCAUAUAUGUAUAUAUUCCAUAUGCCAUAUAUGUAUAUAUUCCAUAUAUAUUCCAUGUAUGUAUAUAUUCCAUAUAUAUAUUCCACGUAUGUAUUCCAUAUAUAUGUGUAUGUGUGUGUGUGUGUAUAAAAUAUGUAUUUGCCUUAAAUGGAAAUAUAAACAAAAUUUACCAAC